AUGGCAGGAGUAGUUGUUUCUGAUGUAGUUGUAACUGUUGCUGUAGUAGCAGUAGUUGUUGUAGCAGUAGUAAUCGUAGUAGUGGUAGUAGUAGUAGUGGUAGUGGUAGUAGUAGUGGUAGUGGUAGUAAUAGUAGUAGUUGUUGUUGUUGGUGUUGUUGUUGGUGUUGUUGUUGGUGUUGUUGUUGGUGUUGUUGUUGUUGGUGUUGUUGUUGUUGGUGUUGUUGUUGUUGGUGUUGUUGUUGUUGUUGUUGUUGUUGUUGUUGCUGUUAUUGUUGUUGUUGUGGUGGUGGUAGUAGAAGUAGCAGUAACUGUUGUUGUAGUAGUUGUCGUUGUCGUUGUAGAUGUAGUUGUAGUUGUUGUGUUUGUAGUAGUUGUAGUAGCUGCAGUGGUUGUAGUAGUUGUAGUACUAGCUGUAGUAGUUCCAGUUGUAUUAAUUUCUUUGGUCUUCACUCCUUUUGCAGCAGCACUGGUGGAAGUUUUUGUUUUAUUGGCUUUUCUUCUACGAUGA